GGCACCACAGUAUGGUCCCAACUACUGUCGUCAUUUCCUUUAGUGAACUACACAAAUGCCUGCUUGAAAAAGUGCGAGGCAUUUGGCCACGUUUUGUGAGGGAUGUUUUGUUAGAUUUUGGUCGCUGUCUGGGUCACCAUAACGUUAACAAAUCCGUGAUUGACAUUAUUAACUACCAACGCCUGGGAAAUCAUCGUAGGAGAGAACCUGUUCCAUCGGUUACGUCUGUUGAACCAGCUCGUAAUUGUGACCCGCCAAAAGCCUCAGAAGUUCAGCGAGGAAGUGACCAUUUUGUGAGUUAGCUGUUUUCGAUAAGGUCACGUUAUUCUGAAGUUUGUCCUUCUGCGAACGAAUAUGAGUGGAUUCAACUUUGGGCAAGCCUCCUCGGGCUUCGCCUUCGGGGCUCAGAAGCCCCCAGCCGCAGCCCCCGGCACGGGCUUUGGGAUGACCACCUCCACACCUGCAGCUACCGCAGGCGGCUUCGCAUUUGGCACUCCCACUCAGGCCACCGCCAACCCUAACCCUGCCGGCUCUUUCAGCUUUGGCACCCCAGCAAUGAGCACAGCAAUGAGCACAGCAGCCGGCGGAGGCUUCUCUUUUGGGACACCCACCGCCCCAUUUGGUAUAGCCACUCCUCAAACCAUAGCAGCAGCACCGGCAGGGAUGAGUUUGGGCUCCACAGCCGCUCCAGCUGCGGGGUCAGGGUUCGGCAUGGGUAUGGGCAUGGGCAUGGGCAUGGGUAUGUCUGCACAGACCACUGCUGCCGCCCCCGCAGCAGGAGGCUUUGCCUUUGGGACUUCUCAAGUUCAACCCCAACCUGCAGUUCAACCCCAACUUGCACCACCACCAACAGCCGCAGUAACAGCAAAUACAGGAGCCGGUGGCCUCUCAUUCGGAGGGUUCAGCUUUGGCGCAACCAAGGUCCAAGCGACCACAGCUGCAGCCCCUGCUCCAGUCCCGAUUGCCACCCAAGGAGGCGGCUUCAGCUUUGGCACAGGUGCUCCAUCCAACCUCACCAUGGGCAUCCAGCCCCAGCCAGCCUCCACUGCUAUGGCCACAGCUGGUCAGGGUGGAGGAUUUGCCUUUGGGAUUAAACCCUCAUCAACCCCAGCUCCUCCUGCAGCAAUCCAGGCAACCCUGGCUCCAGGCCCGUCUCUCUUUGUGUCACCCUCUAUACCUCCUGCAGCAGCUGCUGCCGCUGCCGCUGCUGCUGCUGCCGCUACUGCCACCUCUGCAACAGGUAGCCUUACAGGCUUUACUUUGGCCGCAGCUCCAACUUUAGCAGCAAGUACUGCUGCUGCUGCUGCUGCUGCAACAACCACAGCAGCUUUCAUGCUCAAACCUCUUGGGGCAGCUACCAUCACCUCCAUCUCUGCCCCUGCCCCUACUGCCACCAUUGGAGCUGCCCCAACAGGUGCUGCUACAGCCUUUACACUGGGACUCAAACCUUUAUCCAGCACAAGUAUCGCAACAGCUAUUGCAGCAGCUACAAUCCCUACAACCACUGCUCCUCCAGUGAUGACCUACGCCCAGCUAGAGGGUCUCAUUAAUAAGUGGAGUCUGGAGCUCGAGGACCAAGAGAGACAUUUCUUACAGCAGGCUACUCAGGUGAACGCUUGGGACCGCAUGCUGGUGGAGAACGGUGAGAAGAUCACAUCCCUGCAUAAGGAGAUGGAGAAGGUGAAGCUGGACCAGAGGAGGCUAAACCAGGAGCUGGAUUUCAUCCUGUCCCAACAGAAGGAGCUGGAGGACUUACUCUGCCCGCUGGAGGAGUCUGUAAAAGAGCAGAGUGGAACCAUCUACAUGCAGAACGCUGACGAGGAACGUGAGAGAACGUACAAGCUUGCCGAGAACGUGGACGCACAGCUGAAGAGGAUGUCGCAGGACCUGAAGGAGAUCAUCGAGCACCUGAACACAUCCAGUGGCCCAGCAGAUACCAGCGACCCACUUCAGCAGAUCUGUAAAAUUCUCAACACCCACAUGGAUUCACUUCAGUGGAUCGAUCAGAACUCGGUUCUUCUGCAGAGGAGAGUGGAGGAAGUGUCCAAAUUGUGUGACAACCAGCGCAAGGAUCAGGAGAAAACCUUUCGUUUAACAUUUGACUGAUCUGAAAUGAAUAUGUUGACAUGUAUAUUGACAUAGUGAUGCUUUUCUUUCACUCGUCCCAGAAGAAGAAAGUCUUUUUUAGGGGUUGAGAUGUUUUGGAUACAAAACAUUCAUCACAAUUCCUGUUAACUUGCUUCUUCCUUCAGCUGUUUUGAGUCUUUUGGUUGCAUAAAGAUUGAUUUUUCUUUGUUUUCCAAUGCAAUAGCUUUUAUAUAGGGUAGUACAAAUAAUAAUCUGUUCCCAAUGUAUAUGCAAUGGUUGUUCUAAAACUAAGAUUAAAUAAAUCUCUGGAUUAAG